AUGGCGCCAUCCACGGAAACCGAGUUUGUGACUAUAGUCUCAAGCGACAAAUUUGAAUUCAUUAUCCCUCGCAGCGCAGCUUAUGUCUCAGAGACCUUACGGCGGAUGCUUUCUUCGAACAAUUUCCCCGAGGGUCGCACCGGUGUAUGUGUCUUGGAGGACUACUCCGGUGUCAUUGUCGAAAAGAUCUGCGAAUACUUUUGCUACAAUGAAAAGCACAAGGACCAGGUCAACGUGCCGGACAUGGAUAUUCCACCUGAGUUGUGCCUGGAGCUCCUGAUGGCUGCUGAUUUCUUGAAUACUUGA